UUGCUACGCAGAUGAUUUUUAAUUAAUAUUCAUCGAGCUUUCAUCGGCUCAUUUUUAAAUUAAUUCGAUACCGUAUUCUUACAAUGGAAAUAAUUUCGAAAAUAUUUGAACAAUUGUCAAUGUGGUUGGAAAAUUCGCUCAGUAAUGAGAAGUACAUGCACACGUAACUAUCUACGAUAAAUAACGAUGAACGACGUUCGUUCUGUAGUGACGCUUUUUUGUAUUCUCAAAAGAAAUAUUUUGAUUUGAGAAUGAUUAAAAUGUUGGUUUUUAAUGCGAUUAUGUUAUGUUGCGCAUUCAUUUUUCAUCGAGAAAAUAAUGAAAGCGAAGCGUUGAUAAUUUACGAUCCUAGAUAUCGAUAUUACUCGUAUAAUAAUCUUGCUGGACGAGGUAGUUACGGAAGGUACUACUAUAAUCAACAAACAUACAAUAUCAAUUCGCCAACUAAAUCUGACAAAAAGUCAUCUCACAAACACAAGAGCAAAAGCCAACCGCCAAUAAAUCUUUCAUUCGAACCAUUAGGAGCUCUAAAAAUAGACAGCUUGAUACACGGUGAAAUUGAAAUAAAUCCCGAUAAAAUUGACGACGUGCUUUUAAGCCUGGCAUCGGGAACGUUAUCGAUGAUUCCCGACGUUUACCAAUACAUACCCGGCAUUCCUUUUUUCAACGGUGACGAUGAACCGACGACCCCAUCUUCUGAAAAUCAAUCACCGGACGAGUCAUCGCCUCCGAAAAAACACCGCAAUCGGGACAGCGAUCAAGAUGAUGACGGCGAAGAAAAUAACGACGACGAAAAGGAUACCUCCGAUGAGAGUAAAAGUAACCACAAUAAAGACACCGAAAACGACGACGACGAUAAUGCUGCCGAAGAACACGACGCCAGCGACACUGACAAAAGCGAAGAAAAGGAAGACUUGUCAGAAGAAAAAAAUAAUUCCAAGGAAGAAACCGAUGACAAAUCCAAAGACUCGAGUAAUAAACGUUCGAAAGAAGAAAAAUCCGAAGGCGUAGAGACGCUGGAAGCAGCAGAAGAAGCUUUGGAAGAUCUACCAAAAGCUCAAGAAGGCACAGAAAUACCUAUCGAAGAAUCACCAGCAGUUAAAGCAGGAUACGUGGAUACGUUUGUGAAAUAUUAUUCGUACGCGAAACCUUUAGCCAAAGCUGCCAGUUUAUUUGUUCCAGGAAUUGGUCAGUACAGAGGGGUAAUGCUGGGUGUCGAAAUGGCAGAUUUGGCUUACAACGUGGCUAGCAUGUAUCAGAACGGAGAUGGUUAUUUGUCAAUGGGGUACUUUUUGGGGAAAGAAGCUUUCAAAAGAUUGGGUCGAAGAAAUGAACCACUUUUGGAAUCUCAGGUCUCUUCCAACACAAUCGAAUCUCCGACAGAUUUGGAAAAUUUUCUCAAUGAAGUAAAAAGUGCACAAUAUCCCCAGCUAGAUGAGAAAAAAGAACAGGAAAUUAAAACAGCAGUAACCAACAUCGUAUAUAAAUAUUGCCACGAUCAAGAACAGUACGAAAACGAAACUGAAAGAACUAAAUUCAUCGAUUUGAUGAUUUCUUGUGUUAAAUUCAUCGCUUUUCACGAGAUUAUCCCUGCGAUAUCGGAAAACCCUGAUGCACCAACUGAUGAACAACCGAGCGUAUAAAUAAAUUUAAAAAAAAAAUUAAUGUUUGAACCAUUACCGCUCAGAGAACGACGAAAAGCUGAUUUUUUGCUAUCAUGAACAGUACCUACUCACGAUCAGUCAACUACCACAUCAUCAAUCUUUCAUUCAACCAAAUUUUGCAAGAAUUAAUACCUACCUAGACCUACCUAUCUACUUGACCGCUAACAAUUAAUUGUAGAUAUUUUUCCUUGCAAAUAUAUUCGCAAAUGUGUAACUAUGCAACCCAUACUGAAUCUAUGCACGUAGAUACACAUGUUUGCCUAACUUUAAAGCGAGAGGAGAAAUGGUGU